AUGCCUUCCAAUAGCAGCAGAAAAACAGACCAUAAAGGAAAAGGAAAAGCAUCUGCAAGUAUAUCUAUCUCUGCAAACCGUGUUUUGGCUGGCCAUGUUGGACCUCGAGAAAUUGCCCCCAUAAACAACAGUAUCAACAGUGUCAAGGAUGACAUUGCUGCUGUCAAUAGCAACAUGACAGCCUUUAAAAACAGGAUGGGCGUUGUUGUUGACAUGUCUGGAAAGACACAUACGGCAUUUGCAGACUUUGCAACUGCCUAUGCCAACAAUCAGACUCGUAUGGCUAGUCUAGGACCAUCUCUGAUGCCAUCCUAUGUCCCCCAGACCUCCCUCAGUGAUGCCAAGGUUUCUGUCAUUAUCUCAGAAAUCUUCGCAGAAAAGUUGUGGGACUGGAAGUUCGAGUCUGACGACCCUGCUCUUGUUGCUGAGAACGAGAGUAAGAAGAAGUGGAACUUGAACGAGAAGAUUAACCACCGCGAUAACGUAGCUGUUAUCAACUACUUGAAGAGCUACAUUAGCGCCCAGACUCGUCUAGCUGGUACUCACCCACAGGUGAUAAGUGAUAAAAUAAAGAACAGGUACAAGCACAGUCAUCAUACUUUUCACGAGUCUCCUGAGCAGAAGGCCAAGAAAAACAGCAAGGGGAGAGCAAACAGUCAUACUCUUCAGAUGAUAGCUACUACACUAUCCCAAUAUGAAUAUGUUCUUAUAUGUGAUAAAUCCAACAUCCGAGUGUCUGGAUCACCACAUAACCAGAUGUCUAUCCAACGCAAGUUGACAUACAUGGACAACUGGGUAGCCAUUGAUGCUACAAUGGGAUAUAAGACUGGAAACCCUGUUGAGAAGGCCUAUCUCAAACUCUUUCAGAAGGAUGCCAUGUCUGAUGUGGAUCGCCCCACUUGGAGAAGUGAAGAGUUCAACAGAUUGUUGACAAUGGUUGACGACAUUGAUUGUACCCAUCAUGUGUUAAAUGCGGGCGUGGGAACAAAGCCAAGAAUGAACAGAUAUCCAGCAACAUUGUUGCCUUGCUCUGUUCUUGCCACCCUGUCCCAGUCAUUGCCUCGUUGGGCAAUCAACGAUGAAUAA